UCUGUCUCUCUCUGUGUCGAUGCAGUGUUUCUUCGGUCAAAUGAUACCAAUCUGAAACAAAGAAAAAAUCCAAUCUGCUUUUUUUGCGUACACCUUUCUCCAUCUCUCUAAUUCCAUAAAGUCUUUUCUUUUACAUCGAUCAUCAAUCAUCAUCAUCAUCUCCACUUGCUCUGGAAAAUUCUCCAAGGGUUUUGCUUUGACUCUGAUGGUGAAAUUGGAGUUGUGUUUGCUAUGGAUGAAUUAGGGUUCUAAAGUGAAUGAAUUGGGGUUGAUUCUCUUCUCUUUCACAACUCAUGGGUUGCAUAAUCUCUAAGAAGAAGUCUCCAAAGAAAACCCAUCACCGUAAAGAAUCAUCAUCAUCAGAGAAGCGUUCCUCGAGGAUCAAUUCUUCAAGGAUCGAUGAUUCGAGCCAAACCAAAGACGAGCAAGACCGGAAAGUCCGGUUAAUCGAAUCCGAAAAGUUCAAUUCCAGUAGAUUCUCCGAGAAACACCCGGAGAUUUCAGAGAUUGGUGAUACAGACGAAGAAGAAGAAGAUGAAGUCACUACUCGACCUGAGGAAUUGAAGAGACAGCCUAGUACUGUCGUUGUUCGUCCGAAGGAGGAAGCACAAGCCGCUACAGAGUGGCCUGCUUGGCUAGUCUCAGUGGCUGGUGAAGCACUCGUUGGUUGGUCUCCACGACGUGCUAGUACCUUUGAGAAAUUGGAGAAAAUUGGACAAGGUACGUAUAGCAGUGUGUACAAGGCUCGUGAUCUUGUGAACAACAAGAUCGUUGCACUUAAACGAGUCCGGUUUGAUCUUAGCGAUUUAGAGAGUGUUAAGUUUAUGGCUAGAGAGAUCAUAGUAAUGAGGAGGCUUGAUCAUCCUAAUGUGCUUAAAUUAGAAGGCUUGAUCACUGCCUCUGUUUCGUCUUCUCUUUACUUGGUUUUCGAGUACAUGGAUCAUGAUCUCGUCGGGCUUGCUUCAAUACCCGGUAUCAAGUUCUCUGAGCCUCAGGUUAAAUGUUACAUGAAACAGCUUCUAAGCGGGCUUGAUCAUUGUCACAGUCGAGGUGUUCUGCAUCGUGAUAUAAAAGGAUCGAAUCUUCUGAUUGAUAGUAAUGGAAUCUUGAAGAUUGCAGAUUUCGGGUUAGCUACGUUUUUCGACCCACAAAACUGCGUUCCUUUGACUAGCCGUGUUGUGACUCUUUGGUAUCGACCACCAGAGCUUCUUCUUGGAGCUUGUCAUUAUGGUGUUGGUGUUGAUUUGUGGAGCACAGGGUGUAUCUUAGGCGAGUUAUAUUCCGGUAAACCGAUCUUGCCAGGGAAAACCGAGGUAGAGCAAUUGCAUAAGAUCUUUAAGCUAUGUGGUUCACCAACAGAAGAUUACUGGAGGAAACUGAAGCUACCACCUUCAGCUGCGUUUAGACCUGCGCUUCCUUAUGGACGACGUGUAGCAGAGAUGUUUAAGGAUUUGCCAACGAAUGUUCUUUCGCUUUUGGAGGCUUUACUCUCUAUAGAUCCUGAUCGGAGAGGCUCUGCAGCUAGAGCUCUUGAUAGCGAGUAUUUCAGAACAGAGCCGUUUGCUUGUGAUCCAUCUUCUCUACCAAAAUAUCCUCCAAGCAAAGAGAUUGAUGCUAAAAUCCGAGAUGAUGCGAAAAGGCAACGAACCACUCAGGAGAAGCAAGACUCUCAGACAAGAAGAUCACACGAAAGAAAACUUAUCCCGCCGGUUAAAGCUAAUCAAUCAGUCACAACGGCUAUGGAGAAUCCUUAUCUAAGAACCUGUGUGGCGGGUAAUUCAACAAGACAGAUGCAGAUUACAAAGGACAUGACCAGCAACAAUCCAACGAGUGGUGGUGGAAGAGUCUCUCACUCUGGUCCGAUGAUGAACAAUAAUCGGAAUCAAAGUCGGUUAACAUACGUGAAGGAAAAUGCAGCUCCUAGAAGACCUUCGUACAGAGCAAACUCAGCAGGACAAAACGGUUAUGCUACAAAUGUAGACUCAGAUAAUAAACCGAUCAUGAAUCAGCAAACGAAGGAUUUGAGAGCAUUCAACAGAGCUGAUACUAUGGAUUACAGUAAGAGACAAAUCAAAACCCCAAAUGAUUCAUCAUGGUAUGAUUCUGGAGAUAACAAAAUGUACAUGUCGGGUCCAUUGCUGGCUCAGCCAAGUAAAGUGGAUCAGAUGCUGGAAGAACAUGAUCGGCAGCUUCAAGAAUUCACCAGACAGAAGGCAAAACAAUCCAGACACUAAACUGAAUCCCUUUGCUUAUUUAUUUUGCUGGGAAGCUUUUAUCGGAGGUAAAGAAAAACAGAGAACCAGUUUGAGUCUUGUUGUAUCAAAGAAGAGUCUGAUGGGAGCUUUAUCUGGUUCUCAGAUUUUGAAAUAUAUGUAAUAGAGAUUAAAUGGAUUGGUUGGCUUGUAAGAAGCUCAGCUCUGUGAUUACAAAGAUGUGUAUAACAUUUAUACAGACUAAUCAUCAUCAUUGAUGAAAACAUCAUUGUGUACAUACAUGUAUGUACAUUUCUUCUUAUAUUAUAGAGAUGUGUAUAUGCAUA